AGACCAACAAAGGCAGAAGCCAACCAGCUCUUAACUACUUGUUCCUUUUCUGUCAUCCGUCAUCCACGAGGAAGCCAUGACGUCUCCUCUCUCUUUCCAAGAAGAACCUCUUCUCAUCUUCCCCUCUUAUAUAUACACACACACACACACACACACAUUUCAUGCUUAUGAAUUGCAAUACAAUCUCUAAAGCUUGGUUGAAAAGUUUGAAUAACAAUUAUUUUUAUGGAAGGAAUUAGCAAGAGGGCUGGUUUUGAGGAUCUGCUGCCUGUAAUGGCAGAUCAGUUGGGCGGUGAAGGGCUGAUAAGGGAGCUUUGUAAGGGGUUUGAGGUAUUGAUGGAUAAAGAAAAGGAGGUCAUCACUGUAGAGAGUUUGAAGAGGAACUCUGCUCUUCUGGGAUUACAAGUACUGACAGAUGAUGAGCUUGUGAGCAUGGUUCAAGAAGGUGAUCUUGAUGGUGAUGGUGCCUUAAAUGAAAUGGAGUUCUGCGUUUUGAUGUUCAGAUUAAGCCCCAAGUUGAUGGAAGAAUCACAGUUCUGGCUGGAAGAAGCAUUAGAGGAGGAGCUCAAGAAUGCCGGGUUUUGAUAUAAUCUAAUUUAAGUUUUGUGCAGCCGGGCAGUGAAAAAUUGACUACUCAUGGGAGGGAAAUAACUCCGUUUAAUGUUUGUAAAGCAGCAGGAUUAUUUAUUGCAUGAAUUAUUAUUGCCCUC